CACUGACGGUAUCGGGCUAGCCCAGCAAGCGUUGUUAACGCCACUGACGGUAUCGGGUUAACCCAGCAAGUGUUGUUCACGCCACUAACGGUUUCGGGCUAACCCAGCAAGCGUUGUUCACGCAACUGACGCUUUCGGGCUAACCCAGCAAGUGUUGUUCACGCCACUGACGGUAUCGGGCUAACCCAGCAAAGAUGUCGUGGACCAAACUGAUUUGUAUCCUUAUCGCUAGCGUCUUCACUCAGCUUACCAAUGGAGAAAUUCCACCAGACUCACAAUGUGGAAAAGCUAAGAUAUGCUGGCCUGCAGAAUGUCCCGCUGAAGGGUGUGUCGGCUUCCUGAUCAGUUGGUGGAACACCGACUUGGAUUAUCUACGGUUUGAGAUGAAGAUGGAAAUUGUCCCAUCAGGCGAGCACUAUAUCGCCCUUGGGUUCUCCGGAAACAAUCAAAUGCCGGACAGCAGUAUAGUGAUGUGCCGAAGUGAUGACAAUGUACAGCUUGGAUACACACAGGGUCGCACAUACGCGCCUGGAACAGACUUGUAUGGAAUUCGGAACACAUCAUUUGCUGAUACAAAUAACAUAACUACAUGCUCCUUUGAUCGAAUCAAGAAACCCACCAAGAACGAGGACACUCUUAGGUCUCUGACCGAUUCGUUCUUCCUGAUUCGAGCAUGGGGGGCGGUAACAGGUGGUGUACCUGCUUACCACAAAAACAACCGAGGAGUCUCCCCUAAGUCAUACUCUUAUCCUGUCAUGAAGGGCACAGGACACAACAUAAAACCAGCAUCUGUAUCCCUUUGCGCUUGUCUCAUCGGUGCCUGGCUGUCCUAUAUGCUACAUUAGGAUUACCAGUGGGAUUUGAACCAAAAGAUCACAAGAUUGCCAGCCCACCAUUUACGGGAAACAAACAUUUUCACAAAUCAUACUAAUAGAGACUUAAGUGAGAUGCUUUACGCAAUAUUAAAUCGAUAAUGAAAAAGAGUUGUUAAUGUAAACUUAACCAUAAGACUACUGUGUAACGCUGAUAUUUCGCGGAGGAGUACAUUUGGUAAAUAAAAAUAAUAAUUUAUCAAUACAUAAAUAUAAAUAAACCCCAAUAAUUGGACGUCUUUUGAGAAUUUCUACUACAUGUAAUUAAUGACAAGUUGUCAAAAAACCAGAACAAAACCAAAGGCCGCUUAAACCCAAAUCGUCUUCAUCUGCAUGAUCCAAAAGGUAUUUAAAUUGCGGGAAAGUCCUCAAAUGAAUUUAUGAUCUUCACUAUUGAAGCGAAGUGUCUUGAGUCGGAUUUAUGAAAAGCCUUUGAUCCCUAGCCGGCAGAAGACUUUUGAGAUGGAUGAAUCUAUGAUCUCUAGCCAGCCGAAGUGUCUUGAGUCGGUUUUAUGAAGAGCCUUUGAUCCCUAUCCGCCCGAAGUCUCUUGAGGUGGGUGAGCAUUUGAUCCGUAGCUGGCCGAAGUGUCUUGAGAUUGAUGAACCUUCGAUCCCGAAGGAAUAUGCUUUCACAUCAGCACACAAAUUAAGCAGAACUUUUCAUACGUUUUUAAUUAUGUUAUUAUUUCUUGUUUUUGUGUCUUGAUCAAAACUGGACAAAUUUCAAUGUCAGAACAGUCGCAAUUUAUUCUUUAUAUAUUUGCACAUUUAGUAAAAGUUUCGUUUAUUCAUACAUAUAUAUCUCCCCACUCCACGAGGUGAAAGUACUAGCUAGGUAAGUAAAAAGACACUCUUUUGUCAUUUCUUAGUUUAUUAAACAAUCACAAGGACGUUUGAUUUUCUUUGAUAUAUAUAUAAUUAAAAGAUAAAAUGUCCAUGUGAAGUAGGUAUGUAUAGAAAAAAUCAAGUCUAGCAGCGUUUACCCUUCACAUGGCUCCUCGGGUUUCAUUGUGAAGAAUAAUGGUUUUAAAUUCAUUUUCAGAUGUUUUACCUAGUUAAAUUUGUAGCGUCAUCCGCAUACAUUAAAUGGCUAUAGAUAAUUUACUGGUAAGCUCUAUUGCGAUAUUGUUCUCCAUUUUAUUAUAUUUGAUAUUAAAGGUUAUAAACACUAAUAAAGUUGACAAAUGUGUAUCGACAUUUUUUUUUUCAAAUAUUCCUUUUGUAUGUAUUUAUAUUUAUCCUGCAAUAAAAUUAUUCACUUUU